GGAAGCGCCGGAAACCAGAAUAAUCGAAUCGAAUUGCGGAGGAGCCAAGCGGACGUAUCUUAGCGAAUGGCCGGUGUUAUGCCUUUGAAAGAGACGUUCUUCAUUUCUCAUGGCUCGCCAACUCUCUCCAUCGACGAAUCCCUACCGGCCCGCCGUUUUCUCGAAUCUUUCCGGGAGAAAAUCUUCCCGGAGAAGCCCACCGCAAUCCUAGUCAUCUCCGCCCACUGGGAGACCUCCGUCCCUACCAUCAAUUCCAUCCGCGGCCGCAACGAAACCAUCCAUGACUUCUACGGCUUCCCCAAGCAAAUGUAUCAGCUCAAGUAUCCAGCACCAGGAGCUCCAGACUUAGCAAAAAGGACAGCUGAGUUACUUCUCUCUUCUGGUUUCAAGAAAGUGGAAAAAGACACAAGACGUGGUUUGGAUCAUGGGGCAUGGGUUCCUCUUAUGCUCAUGUAUCCAGACGCUGAUAUCCCAGUUUGCCAGCUUUCUGUCCAGCCAAACAUGAAUGGAACACACCAUUACAAUAUGGGUAAAUCAUUGGCUCCUCUUAAGGAAGAAGGUGUUCUCAUAUUUGGGUCUGGAUCUGCCACUCAUAACUUACGGGCUCUCAGGAGUGAAGGUCCUCCUCUUCCUUGGGCUAAGGAAUUUGAUGACUGGCUCCAAGUUUCCCUUCUCAAUGGAAGGUAUGAAGAUGUUAACCACUAUGAUGAGAAAGCGCCACAUACAAAGCUUGCACACCCGUGGCCUGAACACUUCUACCCACUACACGUUGCGAUCGGAGCUGCAGGGGGGAAGCCGAGGGCGGAACUUAUUCACCAGAGCUGGAGCAAUGGCUCCCUCUCCUAUUCUUCCUUCAAGUUCACUCACUGAUACUGCUUGAACAAUGACAGAUCAAUACCUGUAUAUAUUUAUUAUGUGUUGCAUAUUGCUGUACACUUCAAUCAAUAAUGAAACCUGUGACAACAAUGGUUUAGGCUUAGCAUCCUCUGUUUUGCUCACAUAAAUUUAUACUGAGUGUAUUUUUUAUAGAAUGGUUGUAUGCAUUGAAACGGAAAGCCAGAUAUAACGAUUAUAUAUGACUAGUUUCAAUUGAUGUAAAUAUGACCAAUUUCUAUUGGAUUGGGA